ACUUAUCCCGCUCAGCUUAGCAUAUGAUUUCACUGAUAUUCUCGAGGUUAGGUAAACAAAACAACAAAGGAAAUGAAGGCGUCAUUCAAAGCCAGAUAUGAAACAGACAAAGCGGCGGCGGCGGCUACUGUCGCCGUUAACGCCGGUGACAUUAGGCUCCGCGCUUCCAUGACUGACGCCACCAUAGUCAGCGGCCCCAACUUAAACGGUUUAGCUCUAGCUGUAGAAAAACCAGGUUUCUUCAUCGUCGACUACAACGUCCCCAAAAAGGACUUUAGGUUUCAAUUUAUGAACACAAUCAGGGUUUCGGAGAAGCCAUUGAACUUGACAUACAUGCACAGCAGGGGUGAUAAUCGCACUAGUUUGGAUGGGACUUUGGUGUUUGAUUCUGCCAAUAAGGUAUCGGCUAACCACGUGUUGGGGUCGGGGAAUUGUAAGUUGAAGUACACUUACGUCCAUGGUGGCCUGACCACUUUCGAGCCCAGCUAUGAUUUUUCCAAAAAUUCGUGGGAUUUUGCUAUUUCGCGUAGGGUUUACGGCGAUGAUGUGUUCAGGGCUGCUUAUCAGACCUCGAGUAAGAAUUUGGGGCUUGAGUGGUCGAGGAAUUCAAAAUUGAACGGUUCGUUUAAGAUUUCAGCAUCACUCAACUUGGCAGAUGAAAGGAAAAUGCCUAAAUUAACUGCUGAGAGUGCUUGGGACUUUGAGAUGUGACCCUACCUCUGGUUUCAUUACCCUGCUGCAACCAUUCAGAUCAACCUGUCUCCUUGUGACUGCUUCAUAUUUUUUGGCUCAAUUGUAUGCCAUUUUUUUUCACAUUUCAAAUGUGAUUAUGAAAUUUCUGAGCGGUGAUCCAUGAACUUCUAUUUAUAUUUUUCUUGACGUGCGGCGGAUUCCAGAUAUGCACUCUUUCCUCGAAUAAAAAUUUCUAUAAGUUUGAUUA